GGAAUGGUGGUAGAGAGUCCGGUAGGUACGGUGGAAGUCAGCCACGAAGACGUGACGUACAUACUCGACAGCGUACAGUGCACCAUGGAGUAGCUAUGGCAUAGUUAAAGUGGGAGAAACCGUGUAUGACCGUCCUCAGCCGGAGCCAGUCUCGUGUGAACGACCGUGAAGUGAAUCUCGGAUGGUGUACACUUAAGACCUUGAGUCCUUCUUACAUUGGGACUUCGGAACCCUAGGAUAAUCGGUUACUGCAAUAUUGAACGCGGAAAGUGAACGAUUGUCAGUGCGUUCUGUGUAUUUUAACAGAAAUGAAAGAAUGAAGAUCGAGAUUUCUGACGUCAUUAUGAGUUAUUAUUCUCAAGGAGAAAUUCGUUGGUCCAGAUUCUCCGAGAAUGUGAAUGUUCCAGAAACUUCGGGAAUGUGCGUCUCGCGAAUGUCUUUAGUGUGAAUUGAGUGCUGAGAAAUUGCACCGAGGUGUUGUGCCGAAUAUGAGAUGCGACGUCGAGGACCUGCUCUUUGAACUAUCUUUUAUUUUGUCACUGGUUUAUUAUUCUGCAUUAAAUUAAUUAUCUCAAAGGAGCAAUUGUUAAUCAUUGUCUUCAACAGUAUCAUCAAAUCAAAAAAAAGUUACGUUAGAAAAAUUCUGACAGAGACAACAAAAGCAGCGAAAUUUUUUAAAAUGCAACAAUAUAUAUUUUAAAGUGAAAAUAACAAGAUUACACUUUAACAAACUUUUGUGACAACAAAAUACAAUCAACUGCGUGAAAUGGGCUUCUACCUCAUCAGAUAUUAAGUCAAAUUCCGGCGCGGCACAUUGGCCAAAAACCUGACGUGUAUACCGGUCUGAUCCGCCGCCAAGUAGGUCAACCGGCGUGCGCGAGAGUGCGAGACUGAAUAAGAGAAAAAAAGAAACAUUAUUAAGCGAAGGAAGGAUAAGGGGAGGAAGGAGAAAGAGAAAGAAAGAGAGAGGCGGAGGAAAAAAGAAAGAAUGGCGUGCCGUAGGCAGCGCCCGUGAAGUCAGUUCUCCUGAUGUCCAGCGGUUCGUUGUAAGCUUGUGAUCCAAAAUGGCGGACGUCGGCAGACAUCACAGCUCGCUUCGAAUCAACAACGACCGGUCCAGGUGCGCAGAAUCCUGAAGGAGUAGCCACGCGAUAUCGCGUCCUUGACAUUCACAUCCUUGAUCUUGCUAAUAGCGGGGUUGCAAGAACAGUCAAUGAUCAUGGUGGGGCCCAUUGGGUCGAAGGUCCUCGUGACCUUGACAAUCCUUGUGCUAUCCGACGUACUGGCUAUACAGAACGAUAAAACAUCCUCUCGAAUGUCUCGGGAAAAUAUCGUGUUGAGUGCUAGCGCUUACACCGGUCCCGAAAAAACAUCUAGUGGAAAUCAACCGGACGAAUCCUGGACUUUCCAAAGGACGGUUCCGGCGUUCCAGUUAGAAAGCUCAAGGAACGUUAACGAAUAUGACAGAGAAGAGACCAGAGUCGCGUUUAAAAAUGCAAACCAUGACGAAUCUACUCUAGACGAACUAACAUCAUCAAAGCACGUGGCCCAUAUCGACGGUAAUAAUAUCGAAGCAAAAGCCGGCGAGUACUAUCAAAUAGUGCCCACCACAAGCGAGUCGAUGUCGGGGGAAGGACAAGGGGCUCCGCUGAGAGUAGAUCUCCUGUCGGAGCCCCAUCAGCUGGUUGGCGCGCUGAGGCAACGAGCACAGCAUUCGCCAGUAGCGGAUCAUCAGCGGCGAGGUCGUCAAGAGAUCCCGAGGAUCUAUAGCGAGCACGCGCCGCCGCCGAUCCUGCAAACUGCCGCACCAGGUCAUAGACAAGCGAAUCCUGAUAUACAGGACAUUAUUACUGGCAUCGUUAAAUUGCUUAAUGGCAACGUAAACGUAGCCGCAAACACCGUGAGGCCGUUGAGGCCAAUACAAGCUGUUAGGAUCAACAACAGAGGACCACCGAGAAUAUCGGAUGUACCGCCGUUACUGUCGGAUUUUGACACCCCUGGUAUGAAUCCACCACCGCCGCCGCCGCUGUCGUCGUCUCAUCCUUAUCCGUUUGAAAAGCCCCCUGCACCUGACAGACCAUUGUUGCCACUGGAGAGACCCAUUAGGCCCUUCAUCAACGGGGUGCCAUUACCAGAGCAAGUCGUGCCGCCUUGGAGUUGGAAUUCUUCUCAUAAUCAUGGUAACAGACGACCGACAGUACCUUAUAAACCCUCGCUACCAUCGCUGGAUUCUUCUUUCCAUCGUGAUAAAACUCUCUCAACGACGGAGAACUCGCAGUAUGAGCUAAAACCGGAAUCUGAAAUACCCCAGGAAAGCUCCACUAUAAAGAAAGAUCUAGCUAGUCAUCAAGAAACACUUAUUAAAGACUACGAUACUAAGAAUCGCACGAGCAAUUCUAGUAUCGCUAAAGAUCGAGUAGAACACACAACGGCAACCGGUGAUUCAGCACUUCAGAAUACAACCAAGAAACCUGAACUUGAGGAGUCUACGAAGAAGCAACAUAUUAUAAUUCACAAGUAUCAUACACCCUCGAAAGAAAACAAGAUCAACGGCGAGGAGACAUUGAUCCUUGGUCUCGCUACAGAUUACGUCACUCCAACUCACACGAUACGACAUCCAGAGGCCUCGGUAACACCUUCGAACAGUCAAAUCAAAGUUACAAAAUCUUCGAAAAAUGAAGAAAAAAUAUCUUUGACGUCCAAGGGAGAAAAACCGAUCGAGAAACCUACCUCGACCGCCUCGAAGACGUUUUCAACUAGUACUUUGAAUAUCGAGACAAGUUCGUCGGUCCAAGUGAUCGAGUCUAUACCGACGAAAGUCAUUCUUCGACCAAGCACGAUUCCCAUGAAAUCAAGCAUUGAUAUCAAACCCGAUGUGACCUUGGAACCUAGCAGUGUAUCCGACAUCGAGUAUACGGAACCAACAUCCAGUGUCUCGACGCCAACUGAUGGUCUUCCUACGAGUUAUUCUAAGAGCUCGGUCACGAUAGAGAAGAGCGUCAUUCAUCCUACGAGUUCAACUUUCAUGAAAAAUACAGGAUCCACUGAACGUUAUCGUCCACGACCUGGAAUUGUCUUGGAUGAUACUUUGGAUUAUACCGGAGCACAAGGACUGCCAAGUCAGAGGCCUUACGCUCCUUCGAGACAUCCAUCUCCCGGUGAUGUUUUUGAUGUGACAGUUUCGGCAAUUCAAGGUCCUGGUGGAAGUUCCGGGGAAAGUAUUAGAGUUUCUCUAAAUUCAGGUGGCAACGAUGUCAUAUUAACUUCUGCAGUGGGCGGUGAAGUUGUGAGUAUCGAUGGUAAAAGGACAUAUCUGAAUUUGUUCGAUAACACAGAUCGGACACCAAGUUCGACCCAUGUACAACCGCAACCAACUAGAACUCAACCGCCGCCCAUCAUCGGUACAGGUCUCGCCAUUCCACAACCGGAUACUCCUGUCGCGACUUCACGUCCAAAUGGACCAAAUCGGAGGCAGCCACCGUUAUAUCGAAGACCGACGCAGCCACCUGUCAGAAUAGAUACCUGCAUCGUAGGUGACACGAGUACAUGCGAUGCAAGUCAACAUGAAGCUUGCGCAACCGUUCAAGGGGUAUCGGCAUGUCAUUGCAAGCCAGGAUAUGCGAGAUUGCAGCAUUCGCUGCCAUGCAAAAAAAUUGUCAGUAUCGUUGUGUCAAUCAGAGUGGACAAGUUUUAUGACAAGAAAGUCGUGUGGGAUCGAGGACUCGCUGACAAGGAUUCAGAAUCUUAUCAAACUCUUGCUUACGAAGCUAAUAGAGCCGUAAAUAUAAGUCAAAUAAUUGAAUUAUUAUUUGAAAUAUUAAUAAAAUAUUUAAAUGAUAAUUCCAACUUUUUUAAAUUCAAAUUUCAAAUUAUAUUUUAGAUAAUUAGGCAAUCAAAUAAGAGGAGUCUAGCUAGCGAACUUCAAAGACAUCUACUAGGUGUUAUUCAUAGAAGAAUAAUAACAUUGGAAACAGUGCUUUUAUAUGUGGAUAGUCCACCUGGCUCUAUAUCAAAUUUACAAGAUCUGGACGAAUGCGCCUCGUCGGAACUGAACGAUUGCCACUCCUCCGCUAGUUGUACUAAUACAUUCGGCGGUUUCACGUGCUCCUGCAAUCCAGGGCUAAAAGAUCCACACAAAGAUGAUCUUAAUGAAUCUGGUAGAACGUGUUUAUCGUGUCCCUCGACCUAUUGCAAUAAUCGCGGUACCUGUUCUUAUCAAGGAGACCAAAUGCAAUGCACAUGCACCGGCAAUUAUUAUGGCGCGCAAUGCGAGGUCGAUGGCGAAGUCUUGGGCGUUGCUAUAGGCGCAUCUGUAGCUGCAUUAAUAAUCAUAGUUCUAACUCUAGUCUGUCUCGUUAUGUGGAGUCGAAAGUGGUCUCGCGAACAAAAGUCUGCAGGUUCCCCAGUGUACGGUUAUAUUCAAGGUGGAAUACCUGGUACUCUUCCAGGGACUUUAGCAAGGGUCGGUUCUGUAGGCACUCUAGCAUCCGUAAAACAAGGACCACCGACGAAUUUGCCACCUUACAUGUGGGCUCAUUUUGGGGAACAUAUGGCUACAGCAAAUCUCUAUGCGACCGAACCCAUGGGCCCUACGCGACCAAGUUCGGCAAUGUUCGGUUAUCCACCUAUGAACGUUCAUGGAACAUUGCCUCCAGUCCCAUUACCACGACUUCAGGCCCCAUCACGACCAAGACAGAGACCUCAGCCAGAUCCGGAUAGCUCGGAUUCCGAGCCACAAGAUAAGGACAGAGCUGACCUAAUUCCUCAGAGCAGCGGUUUUCAUGUACCGAGGCCAAAGUCGAGAUCUUCAUUAGCGAAUCAAAGCGGAAUUUAUAACGAUGUGGAGUACGACCAGGGUGAUGUUCAUCAUUUAUCGAAAAACAGUAUUCCAAUGUCCACUUACAGACCGUACUACAGAACGUGAAAUUCACAUCGGAGUAGUACAUUCGCGCACGCACGUCAAGGGACGUGCACUAAAUAACUAAAUCGCGAAUUUAUCGUCUAAAGUGCUCGAUAAAUAGUGCAUUAAGACACGAUGCGGUGACGACCGCUGGUGCGAAGUAAUCCCACGAUAGAAGCUGCGACUCGUUUCAGAGUCGUCUGAGCAAACGUACGAAAUAAACGGAAGAUUUGCAUACGUAGAGUAAAAGCGAAAUCUAAUCUCGCAGCCGUGCGUAUCAAGCGGAUUAGAUCUUGCUCGCUGUAAAGUCGUGUUCUUGUAGUCACGCGAUGUCGUAUUUGCGAUAGAUAUUAAUUUCUAAUGAUACACAGAUAUUUAUUAUCGAGUUUCAUUAUUCCAGUUUUAAUAUUUUGUAAAGUCCGAAAGAUCGUUAUGUUAAAUAAUUUUAUUAAGAAAGAUAUGCGAUAUUGUAUGCGGUGAUUGCAUUUAUUUGAUUAUUUUCAAUUAACUGUUUAUCAUUGUUAGCUCAAUACUCAGAAUAAGAAUAAUUUAUAAGAACAGAUAUAUCGACUGUUUAUGAUUAGUUAUAUUUGUUAAGCAAAAAUUAACUGUUGCGUUAUGAAUAUUAAAUAAUUUAGUACAGAAUAAUUUAAUUUUUAUGUUAAGUCAUACACAUAUAU